CGACACUUUGGCAGUGGGAAGAGAGAGAGGGCGAGAGGGAUGAUACCGCAUCAAUGGUCGUCGCCGUGCAGAAACGAAUGCACCCACAAAUAUGCAGCUCUGACGCAGAUUCCAUGGAGAGUAUUCUGCAAAAAGGGAUGUGAUGCCGAUGGUGACACAUGGGAAGAAUGUGUGGAAGAAUGCAAUGAGAUAUGCUAUAAAGAUCCCGUGUUAAAGGACCGCCAGUGGAGCGCAUACAUUGACCGUUCUCCUGGAGCUGCCAGCUACUCUGAAGAAUGUUUUCAUGCAUGUGUAGCAGGAUGUGGUUAUAAGUUUGAUGUUGAGUCGGAGAAAGUUGACAACGUGAAGCCAAAGAGAUCGCCGCCGCCCCCACCACCUCCGAAGCCAAGCCCACCUCUCUCAUCACAACACCCGAAACAGUCAACUUCCGAGGAUUUUCCUGCAACUUCUGCUUGACAUUUCACUUUCCUCUGCAUUUUUUCCCAUCCUAAUUUACCACAAAAACUUGGCAAUUUUGGUCUCUGAUCUUAGAUAGCUUCUGUUCUUCUCAUGCAAUCUGUUUUUCCUUCUAUGAUCUAAUGUUUUCCUAAUGAAAUGUGAGGAUAGAAAUUGGUGUUGUAUUGGAAGAGGAUCCAAUCCAAAGUCUUAAUACAUUUUUACGUUAAAUUCA